CUGUGUAAUUGUAGUAAUCGAUUUUCCAUUUCCACUGGAACUUGCCAGGCGGCAGUCGGCGGCGGUGGCAGUGGGAAAAUUUUAAAAUCCAGCUAGCGCCAAAUAGAGUUUACUGACCCCAAAAACAAAAACAAAAAACAAACAAAUAAAAAUAUAAAGAAAAGAAAAGCCAGAGAGAGCGCAGAAAUUGCAGCAGCCAAAAGGAAGCGAGGAGGGUGAAAGCGAAGAAGGAGGUCGCACACAUCGAUUAAACACGCGGAGAAAGGGGGGCGGCUACCUGAGGGGGGUGCCCGGGUGGUAGUUACCUGUGGGGGUGCGCUGCGCUGGCAACACGUUUGAUUACCGCGUGUAAAUAACAACAACUGCACGAAUACUGCAAAACUUGCAAGGACUCGCCAUCGUCCUCGUCGUCGUUGUGCAACAAUCACAUGCCACAGAAGCCCCAAUGGAAAGUCCCAGCAAGUCGCAGGAACUACUGGAGCCUCAGCCGCCGGCUCCUGCGAAAGCCAAGCCCCCGGAGAAGCCGAUUCGAAAGCGAAAUGUAGUCAAAGUCACGCCGCAUAUCCAGACCAGGACCCCGAAACCCACACCCACUGCCAUUCUCUGUGAACUGACGCGCCUGAAGGCCCAGCAAAAGUAUCUCGAAUGCAAUCAAGUCAAGCUAAAUCCCAAUAAUUUCAUACUCGACGAUGAGGAGGAGGACAACAAGGUCGUGGAACCAAAGUCCGAGGAUGAAUCCGAUCCACAAAGUGGCAAGGGUAAAAGACCCACAAGCUCAUCCACCGCUGUCCUCAUAGGUCUGAUCAAUGAAAUCGAACAGGAGAAGUUGGAUUUGAACCAAAAGUUUAAGGAAUAUCGGUCGGAAAAAAGGAGAGAACUCCAGGACAUGUGGCACUAUGUGGCCGCCAUCAAGGAGGAUGUCUUCCAACCAGAGCGCCUCAGUCAGUAUACGGUUAAUGCCCUCAGACAACGAAUCAUUGGCGUUAAUGGCCAACUGGAGCGUCUCACUCUGAAGAACUCAAAGGAGCUGGAAACAUUGAAGGAGGAGUACGAGAAAUUGGAGAAGGAAAAUACCUUUAUAUGGAAGGGUAAUAUGUAACUAACAGUCUAGAAUAUCUUCUGUCUUAAAUCUAUAUAUGUGAAAAUACUAUACUCGCAAGUAAUGUCCAAUAAAACCUAAUGUGAAAGUGAGAAACUUGAAAACUUAA